AAAGUUAAAUAUUUCAGACUGUUACAAAUUAUUACAAUUUCUACUGUUUUUCAGGUGCCAAAUUUAAAGGAAUGGGAAGAAAUCCAAUUUGGAUUUAAUGAAAAGUGGAACUUCCCUGGAUGUUGCGGAGCCAUAGACGGAAAACAUGUAGUAAUUAAAGCACCCCCAAGUUCAGGGAGUGAAUACUAUAACUACAAAGGUACAAACAGUAUUGUACUUCUUGGUGUAGUCGACCACAACUAUUGCUUCAGAUACAUUGAUGUCGGAUCUUAUGGGCGAAAUGCUGAUGGUGGUGUUUUUCAGUACUGUGAUUUAUAUCCUUUACUAGAAAAUGAUUCGUUACUACCAAAAGGAGGAGUACUGGUGGGGGAUGAUGCCUUCCCCUUAAAAACCUACCUUAUGAAACCCUAUUCAAAGGUAAAUCUGACUAAAGAAGAAAAAAUAUAUAACUACAGAACCAGUAGAGCACGAAGAAUUGUAGAAAACGGUUUUGGUAUAUUGGCCAGCCGGUUUCGUAUUUUUCAACAACCAAUGGCAGUAAAAGUUCCAACAACUAUAAAAAUAGUAAAAGCUGCAUGUGCCAUACAUAACUGGUUACGCUUAACUUCACCUACCACUUACACACCACCAAAUAGUUAUGACUACGAAGACAUUGUCAAUGCUACAAUAAUACAAGGGGAGUGGAGAUCUGAAUUGUCUCAGCUGCCAAGUAUUUUACGGACACGAAUUAACAAUAGACCGAAAAAAAUCGCACAACAAGUGAGAGACAGAUAUAAGGAUUAUUUUAAUGGAGAGUGGUCAGUGGAAUGGCAAGACAGAAUGAUUUAGUAAUUAAUUAUCAAUCACUUUUUUUUAUAUAAAUAUACACUAGGCUCCGCCUAGCUGGGGCUCCGCCCCAGACCCGGGGCCCUUCGAGCCUUACGCGCCUUCGGCGCGUAAGUCUCUUCGGGCCGUCAUCAUAAGUAGGCCACUGAUUCCGGUAGAAGUACCCGGCUACGCCGGGCACGAUAAGUGUUUUUCACAAAAAAUAUUACUUCAGAAUCAGUGAAAACUAUAGAAAACUAUAGCUAAAAAUGUUAUUAUUAAAAUCAGGAAAAUUCAAAAAGAGAAUAUAGUAAAAUGUAUUGGGUAUAAGGUUGAAGCCUCUUAAUGAGGUAUUCCCUUUAGGCCUAUUCAAAAAUUAUUUUAGGAGGAAAUUUAAUAUUUUUUACUUUGUUAAACAUGUUAUAGAAAU